AUGUCAAAACGCAGCGAGACUUACGAGUAUUGCCCUCGCGUUCUGCCACACCCAGACGUUGAAUAUCCGUUAAACGUUCAAUACUGUGGAGGUAACUUACCUUGCUUUUCUAGUCGUACAUGUAGAAUGUUCGAUGCCCAUUGAAUAUUGUGAAUUUUCGCACUGCCCCGAAAAAUGCAAGCAGUGGUUGGAAAAGAAUCUUCCUGAGGUAUUCGAGCAGUUGAGCACAGGUUCUUGAUUUAUGCGAAUUUACACUGUGUGUAUCUAGUUACGGAAGAUACCGAAACUAAGAAGAAGUCUCGUCAAGUACGCGGUGGCAAAGGCUCUGGGGUCAAGAAACCGGUACAGCAGAAAAUCACACUAUUUCGAGCUUCAAGGGGGAAAAACAAAUUUACCACUAGUGUCAUUGGCUUGGACACGUUUGGUAUGUUCUUAAACCUUCAGUUUUUUUCUUCAUGCCCCAUGUCAGCUAAGCGUCUCGGCUAACGCGUCUGCGAUUUAGUUCACUUCACAUAGUUCACUAGCUCCAAAAGUAAUACCCUAGCUGCGUUUCGAUAUUUAACCGGUGUCACUUCGAUGUUGAUAUGCCUGCGGGCAGUGGUUUUACGCAGUUCUUUUUGAUUUAGGCCUAUUUUUGUUUGUCAAGCUUUAGAGUUUGCGUAUUCCUCCUGAUCUUAACUUUUUUCUACUGGAACAGAUGUAGUCAGACCCUCCGUAGUUUUGGUCUGAGACGACAAGUUAUCUAGGCAGUUAUCCCGACGUGCUUAAUUUAAACAAUGAAACCAAAACCAAUGUGACCAUUGUUUGGUUUAGUUAUUCUGUGAGGCGACAGCGAGCACUCGGUCUUUGAUGUGCACAUGUUCUACUGUGAGCCGUGCGCGGUCUCCACCAGACAAACAUAGAUGUCGACUAUCUGUCCUUAGUCCGAAUAUCAGACGUAGACCUUCAGAAAAGUAAUAUUCCUCGGUGAAUUCUUUCACACCAUAUCACUGCUCUCCCCACGACACCUCCAGUAGACACGGUGUGACAAUCUUCCUCCCUCUCCCAAGUAUUUCCUGCCCAAAAUUUUCUUUUCAUCGGCUGCCGUGUGCACAGCUGAAGUUGGAUUUUAUUAACAGCUGUCGAUUGUGUCUACAUCCGAACUUUGACUGCCGACUGACGAGCAUAUGUAAGAUAUGGUUAACAGUCUCCCGUCAUCGGCUAAUCUUGGCCGGUGACUGCAGUGUCAGCACUGAGUCGACGAUUCUCGAGGCAGCUAUGUCGCCAUUGGACUUAGUUGUAGAUGUGAAAAUUCUGAAAAGCAUCUCAGCUUCACUAAUGAGAAACGGCCGUUUGCCAUCAACACGUGUUCAAAGCAUUGCAGAUAAAAUGCUGAUAUAGUAUUCUCACUGAUGGCUGUGCGGCCAGGCAGCCCGACUACCUCCUCGCUACUUUGGCACUUCUUUUGUUGCAUCUAACUACGCUUACUUGUCAGUGCAUGUUUUGUCUGGCUACGUUCGAGGCUUCAUCUACCGUCUUUGUCAAGGAUGCCUCGUUACGACAAGCCGAGCCACAAGAGAGGGUUGCCGCAAGCGGUCUUCGGUCCAAGGAAGGAAGGGAGGAAGCCGAAGGAAUAUUCAGACUCAAUCAUUGGCACUGCCAUAACCACGUCAGCCCAGGAACCCGACAGUUUUCUGUUCAGGCGACUCGAGCUACAUCUCGCAACGACUAAUCCCUUUAACUUUUGAAAACGACGUCAGAAUGUUGUUGAACGGCAGCAUGAGCUAUUGGGGUGAAAUAGUGGCUUUAGUGGAACAAGCAUUAAACGUUGUCGAAUCUUGAAAACCCUAAAAUGUGCUUGCCUAACUAGUAGUAGUCGGCUGCACCGAGUCAGUAUUUGGCGAUAUGAAUGUUUUUCCGCAUACUUGGUUUAGAACGCAUGCAGCUGUGGAACGAUAGCAGGGUCCGGUCACAGUGAUGAUUUCUAUCGGCGUACUGUGUAGCUGCGUUACUUGCAAUAGAGAUCUGUGUUUCACCGCUUCGUUGAAUGGCUCAUCGGAAGGACCUUGCGCAAUUUUCACCGUGUUAGCACGCCUUCCAGCCGACCUCUACCUUGCUGACGAUACGGCCGUGUUAGCAUCCAGCUUCGAUGAUCUACUGAAGUGACUAAAUCAGUCGUUUGUCCCGUUGGCGCCAUGAAUGUCAGAGCAUCUCUGAUCAGAAGAAAACUUGAACUGGAAUAAGUAUGCGACUUCGGAUAUCUCUGGACGAUCUUGUCGGCGGGGACAUUAAGAGCGAUAUAAAAACCCCAGUCGUUGCUCCUCGUAGGGUUUCUGCGAGUCUUUCACAGUGUCUGUGGAGUCAUAGCGACACUUCACUCCUCACUGGUAUCCGCGUGUAUUUACUACUUGUUUAGGUGGCGGGAUUUGUGACUGAUUCAGUCGUCCUCAUACAGGAGGCUCAAUACGUCCCGAGUGAUCGCCCUUCAUUGCAGUUUGGGCGAGGCAGACUGCCGGGAGUUGAAUCACCUAGUACACUAGCUGGACAGAGCGCAGGAUCAGAGGUGCGUCCGAGGUCAGUUCUGGCGGUGUUUUCAGCUUGCCACAUCGAUUAAUCUGUCAGCUAGGGCCGAAUUCGGACGAGAUUACAUCCAGAAGGAUUCCACCCGCACGUGGGCUAGCAAGAUGACACAGUUAACCGUCGUUCGUUAUAAAUGCGAUCGUAGAAAUGACUUCGCAUAACGGAGCGCGAGCACCACUUAUCAACUGCUUUCAGACCGUGUAUAUCUGGACGUGCGCAUAGGACCGUCUUCGAUGGAAUUCUCGCACACCCUCCACUUAACCUGCAGGCCGUUCUCUCCUUGUUGCCGGACACGCCUAUCUUGUCCACUCGCUGGUCAAUUUCACCAUUAUACGUCCCUUCUGGCAAAAAGUUCAACCAAAGGUAGCGCGUACCGGGAAUCCUUGUGGUCAAUUUUUACGGCACCAGAUUCUGGGAUGCUUAGGAUCAUUGUGGAAGUGGCUUUCGGUCAGUCGGAUUGCAUGAAGAAGCACGUUGUUCCUUCCCUGCCUUAGAGGUUUAUUAAGAACCCGUGCAGCCAGUCCGUUGGAGGCGAGCACCACAAGUCCAAGGCAUAUCGACUGUCGUCAGUCAGCCAGCAAGACUGAAGGAGCAGUCGGAUGGGCGGAAUUCCACCUGCACGUGAAUCGGUGUUUAUAGUCGCCACUGACAGGGCGGUGAUCUGUGGUAGAGCGCUCGACUUGAUUCUCGAUGACCGAAAUUCCCACGCUCCACUCCCGGGCCUUCUGGGGCGGGGUUUUGGUGUGACAGUGGUACGUAGUUCCAGUUCCAUAACAGGUAGGGAAAAUUCCUCCCUGCCACUACAGUAAUAAACGGGAACAAUAAUUGAAAGCCUGGCUUCGGGAGGUCUAUACCCACGAGCGUCGCGUUACUGUUUCUUAGAUUGCACAAUGUUCUAAAUUCAGGUGGACAUAACGAGCUUGCAGUUUGUUGGAGCAAGCGCAUCUUCAACAGCGAAAUUCGCUAAAAAAAUGAGAGAGCUUCGUCGGCGGAAUUUACCUCAUCAACGUUUUCUGCUACUUUGCGUAAUUAAAGGUUCUCAAUGUCUAUUUCGAGUCGUAAGUCUAGUGGUCUACCUCUGCCGUCUCCAGUAAAAUGAGAGUGCGUCCUCAGUUAUAGCCAUUCCGGUUUUAAAGUGUUUUCAACCACAAUUUUCCCUUGCCGGAUUCUGCACGAGGGGAUUUCUCCAUUCUUGAGAAAGCUUUUGCGUCCAUCUUUCGGCUUUCAAACAAGUUGCAUAACCAAUUUACUCACUGUGAACCUCCGCGGUGCCGUUAAAAAAUGUGGAAACUAGCCCGUGUAUGGGAACUUGUUCGCCCUUUCAGAGAUCCUUCAUCGUAUAUUUCAAAGUGAUUGGACGUCGUUGAAACUAAGAGCUAAAGAAGCUAUCAUCUGUAUCGUGACGGUCCAAAAACUAAGCCCUAAAGUGUUUACGUGUUCGUGUCUGGUAACGCCUAUGUAUACGCGUAGACAGAGCGCAGUUCUUGAACUGCAUACAGUUGCUGUGAAGUCAUGUGCGAAACAAGGCCUUUCCAUCUGCAUUUUCGCCUGCAGAGACGCUCGAUAUCUAAGUGUUCUCCCAACUGUCAUGUUUAUUUCCUAACUUCAAGCUGAAUGUUGGCAUUUCAUUUUUUCUUUCUUUGUUAAAAGGCAUUGAUUUGAAGGUCGCGUCCAAAUUUUUCGGUCAAAAGUUCGCCACUGGCAGCUCCGCAACAAGUAAUAGCGGUGAAAUUGUCAUUCAGGGUGAUGUGAAGGAUGAUCUGCUAGAUCUUAUUCCGGAUAAGUGGCCUGAGGUGAGUGCCGGUCUUUUGUUAGACUUAUCUAAGCUCAACCAAACAAGGAUGAUCUAUUCGCUGUUUUAACUUUUAGAUACCAAUGGACGCGAUAGAGGACCUCGGUGACAUGAAACGCUAA